GUGACCGCGUGUCUGCGUGUUUUCUCAUCUGGGUAGUGUGCAGCGUCUGUGGUUCUGUGCUGUGUGUUCCUAAAUAAUAAUCAUCAUUACAAUAAUAAUCACACGAUAACGCGAUAGCGGCAAUAAUAAUAGGGAGGGGCGGGGUGAAAACACACAUAGCAGAACAAUUAAUAUACAUCCAUAUACGUAUGUGCGUACUCGAGGAUGUGGUACAUAUAUGUGUAUUUAUGACGUGUGUUUUAAUUGUGUACACAGAUUAUCGUGGGUAAAUAGUAGAGGCUGGAUAAACGAUUCACGUCAAAUUAUUCGUGCGUGUAAGAAGAAAAUUUCUAACAGGCAGCAUAUAUCCGAGGCGACUAAUUUCGCAAGCGACAAAGAUUGAGGUUAUAAUACCAUCGUUGAUCAUCGAUGAACCGUUCGUGAAAGCACGCGUCGCCCUUUAAUUCGAUUCGAGGUGUCAUUGGAAAAAUAAUGGACUUUAAAUGAUCGCCUCGGAAUGGUGCUGUUCCGUCGUCUCGACGAUGACGACGAUGAUCGGGAGGAGCGAUUUGUCGACGCGCGGUGGCGAUUGCUAAUGAUAAUCAACUAAUCAACUGCUAAAAAAACAAGAGAAACCAACAACUAUAAACUACCCGAGUGAAUAGUAAACAUAUCCAAUAAAGACAUUGAACAGACAAUCUUUUAUAAAAUCGCGUAUUCUCUUCCUUCCUUCUUCUUUUUAUUUCUUUAUAUCUUCUUCCUCUUCUCCCUGCCGCCUCUUUUCCGCCUCUGAUAAACUAAACGAGGCAUGCACCUCGAUAAUUGAAUAGCGGCAGGAGGGGAGGACGCACCUGACGCGGAUGUUCGUCGUCGAAACGAUUCCGUCGAGAAUUUGAAUUAACGGAAAUUGGGCUGUAAUCGGUUGUAAAAAGAGCUAACUACGAGGAGAGGGGGAAAAUUUGAAUAAAAUUGACAUCGAACAGGAAUAAAAAGAAGAGAAUAAACAAUAUAAAAGAGGAGGAAGAAAGAGGGCGAAACAGAAGGCGCGAAGAAACAACGACGGACUUCUUAUUUUCGGGCAGCCGUAAAAACGACUGCGAAAUAAACGCCGGCGUACCUGGCUUAGCUGUAGUGUUGUUCUCUCACUCUACACGUUGACGACGCCGCCGCCGCGACGCGCGAUUACUACUGCCAAAAUGGAAGAGCAAAGCGUGCACAGCAGUACCAGUGAUAUAAAUAGUGAAGAGGCGGCCACCACCGAACCUCUGAUUAUACCGAGAAAAAAACGAAUAUGUCUCGUCGGAAGCACGGGAGAAGAUCCGGCCCUCGGAGCUGCUGCUCAACAAUUCAGUGUUCCUGUACUGAAGUCGGAACGAGGGACGGAGUACGUGGAAGACACAACUUACUGCACUUAUUACAUACUGAGCAAAUUCGAGGGUGCAGAGUACGACUCUCUCCACAAAACAGCUCACAGAAUACUGGGACCAACGGCACUUCUCCAAUUGGCGGAGAAGAAGGAGUCCUUGCCAAGUAUCAACAGGCCGAUGUACACCCAAUCGAUGCUAGGAACGAUUGUCGUUUUCACCGGUUUUAGAAAAAAGGAAGAACUGACCAGACUGAUAAACAUGAUUCACAGCAUGGGUGGCAGUAUAAGGAAGGAUAUGGGAAACAAGGUGACACACCUUAUCGCCAAUUGCUGUGGCGGCGACAAAUACAGGUACGCCAUUACCUUUAGGAUUCCAAUUAUGUCCUUGGAUUGGGUGACCGAACUUUGGGAGGCGAGGGACGACGUUGCCAGCAUCAGUUCAAACGACAAACUGAUCGCAGAUCACAAGCUCAAACCAUUCUUUGGAGCGAAGGUGUGUUUUUUUGGUUUUCCUGACGACGAAAAGAAGCAUAUGUGCGAAGUGCUUCAACAACAAGGCGGGGAACCGGCUGAAAUCGAUGAUCCAAACUGCACGCAUGUGGUUGUCGAUGAAUCCAAUGUUAAUUCGCUGCCCGACUUGGCCUCUGUAAGAGCUCACAUAGUAAAGGCUGAAUGGUUUUGGACCUCGGUUCAAAAUGAAGGCGCCGCAUAUGAGAAAGAUUACCUCUUCGAAGAUUAUUUGGAGUCUGUAUUGUCUCCGAUGGCGAUGGCGAGGAGGGACAGCCAGGCAGCAACGCCCAGAACCGCUUCGACGAAAAGAAAGCGCAAGAGAAUCGCAGAAACUUUAUCUAGUCUAGUACAAAAUGGUGCCGAUUCGCCGGCAGUUCAUAAACGACGGUCAAGUAUCAGUGACGCUGGUCUUCUCAGCGUUAGCGGCAGCUUUCUUGACUGCACUUCGAGUCCCGACAAACAAUUAGAUGCAAUUCCAGAGGUUGAAGCGGCGAGCACAGAAGCGGGAAGGAAAAAUCUCUCGCCUAGGCAUCAAGUUUUCUUAGAACUAGUUACAACGGAGUCAAACUACGUGGGAAUUCUCAGCACGAUAAUGACGCUCUUCAAAGAACCACUCGAGGACUUGAUAGAAAUGAGCGGCGAAUUGUUGAACAGCACCGAAGCGAAGAUAAUAUUUGGCAACUUUCCACCGAUUUACGAGGUGCAUAAAAAGAUGCUCGAGGAGCUCAGGUAUAACGCUUCACACUGGGCCGAAGACGUCAGCAUAGGAAAUAUAUUUUUAAAGUACGCGCCUGAUUUAGUCAAGGCGUAUCCACCGUACGUUAAUUUCUUUGAGAAUACUAAAGAAAUGCUCGAUCAGUGCGAUCAGAACAAACCGCGCUUUCACGCCUUCCUCAAAAUAUGCCAAACCAAGCCUGAAUGCGGCAGGCAGAGCCUUAAGGAACUUCUUAUCAAGCCCGUUCAGAGGCUGCCCAGUAUUAGCUUAUUGUUAAACGAUAUUCUUAAGCACACAAGUAAAAGCAAUCCUGACCACAGUGCGUUGGAAUUGUCGAUAAGUAGUAUAAAAGAAGUUAUGACUUACAUAAACGAAGACAAGAGAAAAACGGAGGGACAAUUAGUGAUGUUUGACAUAUUCAACGACAUUGACAAUUGUCCGGCUCAUUUGGUAUCAUCGCAUCGUUCUUUCAUUGGAAAAUGCGAGGUGAUGGAAUUGGGAGAAGGUUUGAGCGGGCGAGGCGAUCAUCUCGUCUUGUUCCUCUUCACCGAUACUUUGGAAAUAUGCAAGAAACGGUCGAAGGCUUUUAAUUCCCUGAAAAGUCCGAAGGAAGCCAACGGUCUGCAUCCCACUAAACUUAGCCAAGGAAAACCGUACAAACAUAUCAGAAUGCUCUCCCUCAGCACGAUAAAAAAGGUCGUCGAUAUUCGCGAAACUGACGAAUGUCACAAGGUGUUCGCGCUGAUGGUGAGGAGUAAUCAAGAAUUGAAGGAGAAAUUAUUUUCAUUUACGAUAACUGAUGAGGAAGUAAAUAAAACUAAUUACCUCAGAACACUCUGCAGGCAAAUGGCUAAUUCCGUUUGCAAAGCAGACGCAGACACAUUUUUAAUCAGUUUGGAUUCUCAUCAGCUUGAAAUUGACACGAGUGAUGUAGCCUUAGGAACUUUAAGUAAAGCAUUUAAGAGCCUAUUUCAUAACUUUUACCUGGAGUAUAUGGACCCGUAUGUGUUCCUACUCAAUAGCAUGUGUGAAACCACGUUACAUGUCCCACUGCCGUUUGCUUCACGUACAAGGAUGAAAGUCGGAAGGGCAUUUAGUUUUAACAAAACACCGAGUAAACUGAAAAGAGCGAUGUCGACGAUGAUGUCGCCGUUUGGAUCGACCAACAGCCUCACGCCUGCCAGCCAACAACUUGCCCAGAUGCGGUUAGCCAGCUGUAAUAACAUUAACGAAUUAGGUAACGGCGGUUCAGGAUCGCCAACGAGAGACGAAGUAUUGGUAGCUCCUAUGUCUGUACAGCCGACGAGAAAGGCGAAAUGCAGUUCGCUCAGCAUGGCGUCGUUGAGAAGAAACUGUUCAGAGGAAGUUGUUCAGGACAAGUCCGAGCUCUGAGAAUCACCAACGGUGCUGUACAUUUGACGAAAAUUAUCAUCAAUGAUAGCUGCAAACGAGAACGACAACGUUGAGUUAUAUCCGAUGCAUGAACAUACAUACCUCUUAAAUAUUACUAGACCGUAAAAAUAAUAAUAGUUAUAGUGGUAAUAAUAAUAAUAAUAAUAAUAAUGAUAAUCGAAUUUUGUCGCAUUAUGAAUACAGAGAGAAAAUAUCACUAAACGCGAAAAAAGGAACAAGGAAACUGAGAAUAUAAAUAUAUAUGAAAGUAAUUUGAAAAAAGAUCGAAUCACAAAUGAAGACAAUCACGAAUGAUGAUAAUAAUUAUUACCAUUAUUUAGUUUCAUCGAUAUUGUUAUUAUUAUUAUUAUUAUUAUUGUUAUCAUUAUCGAAGUUACCUGUAGUUAUCGCGGAAAAUAAUAGUAAUAUGAACUUCAACGACAGGCAAGACAAGGGAAGGAAUGAAAUAAUAAUCGUUAUAAAAAAAAGAGCAAUUUGUAAUAAUUUAUUGUUUGUAAGAUACAUUGGAAUAUUGAUACAGUAUAUACAUAGUGUGUAUUAUAUAUUAUAAUGAUGAUGUAUGUACAUAUAAUAGCUCUGACCCGGUGUUGAAUAUUUACAAUUAAAAUUGAUAACCAUAGCCUGCUUAUAGUUUAUAAUAUGGUAAUGAUGAUAAUGAAUGGAUAAAUAUAUAGAUUAAUUACAUACCGAUGAGCGUAAUGAACGGCAGCCUUGUGUGAUAUUGUUUCUAUAAUAAGUAUGUAGUUUGAGAAAUGUUGUACGACGACGAUGAUGAUAGUAAUAAUGAAGAUAAUAAAGAAAA